AUGAGCAAGGUGUUCAUGGAUGGAGGAAGUGGUCUAAACCUCCUGUUUGCAAGCACAAUGAAGGCGAUGGGUAUAACAGUCGAUAUGUUAAAGGAAUCUGACACUGGUUUCCACGACAUCAUCCCGACCCGACCCGCAUAUCCACUUGGCAAAAUCUCGUUUGACGUCAUCUUUGAUACACCCGACAAUUUCAGGAAGGAAAGGCUUGAGUUUGAGGUAGUAGAUUGGGAAUCACAGUACCACGCCAUCCUCGGCCGACCAACAUUUGCCAAGUUCAUGGCAGUUCCUCAUUAUGCGUACUUAAAACUCAAGAUGCCAGGCAAUAACGGGACUACAAUAACUGUUCAUGGAAGUUUUUCUCGUUCCGAUAAUUGUGACAAGGAUUUCCAGAAGAUCGCCUCCAAAUUCGGAGUUAGGGAAGAGCUCAAUGCACUAGACGUACUCACCGACCAUACGCAGCCACCUGCCGAUAAUCGGAAUACAAAGUCCGACGAGUUUGACGCCGCCAAAGAAGCAAAGAAGCAUCAAGUGCAUCCCUCUGAUCCAAAGAAGACGAUUAUCGUCGUCACUGAAGCUCCACUAAAGAAUAUACUCACCAAUCCAGAUGCCACAUGUCGGGUAUCUCAGUGGGGCCAUCGAGUUAGUGCCACAUGA